UGUUUUGACUUUUAAUUUGUUUAAAAGACAAAAACAAAAGAAUAUUCUGAAUUAUCUGAAAAACUGAAACCGGCUGGGUUAGCUAUAUAUGCUAUUUUGAAUUAUUGAAUGUCUUUGUAACUGCGUUAAAAUUUUAUGAAUAAAUUAUUUAUAAAAGCCCUAAGUACUCGCGUUUUUCGACUGUUGUCUGCAGCAACUUUUGGUCUUAAAAUGGUUCGUUACUUUCCGAAUCCUUUUGUAGAUUUUCAAGCUGGUUCUCAGGUAGAAUUAAACAAAGAUGAGCUGAUUAAACAAAUAGAUGAGCAUGUUAGUAUUAUAUCAAAAAGACUACAACCCACACGGAGAAAUAUUGACGGAGGUCUAUACGUCGGUAUAACUGGUGUUUCGUAUAUGUUUUAUUAUUUAUCUAAAAAUCCUCUUCUUUCUGAAAAAAAAGCUUUCUACGUUGAGAAAAGUCUAGAAUAUCUCAAACCAGCUCUUGGCGUUUCUAUUGGUGAUAAGACUUCAUUCUUACUUGGUGAUGCUGGAACUUACGCGUUAGCAGCUGUUAUAAGGAAAGAAAAUGGUGAUGCAGAGUACAUUGAUAGUUUAAAUCAAUUUAAAUCUUUGUAUAAUCAAUAUUUGAAUCCAAAAUUCUUAAAAUGUGGAGGUGAUGAGUUCUUUGUGGGUAGAGCUGGUUAUUUAGCAGGCAAUCUAUGGCUGAGCAGGGAGUUACAAAUACCAAUAUUGGCUAUUGAAGAAUUGUAUACAAUUUGUGACUUAAUAAUUGCUUCAGGCAGGGAAUAUUCGAAAAAUCAUAAAAGUCCAUGCCCAUUAAUGUACCAUUAUUAUAACACUGAAUAUCUUGGAGCAGCACAUGGGAUAAGUUUUAUCUUACAAAUGUUGUUAUCUGUACCUGGUUACCUUAACUUUAACAAGUCAGCAGCUCAUGAUAUCAAGGCUACAGUAAAUUAUUUACUGUCUCUACAAACUGCUGAUGGAAACUGGCCAUGUUGCAUGGAAGAAGUUGGAAUGUCAGAUCAUAAGCUUGUCCAUUGGUGUCAUGGUGCCCCAGGUACAAUUUACCUAAUGGCCAAAGCAUAUCAAGUCUACAAUGAGGAAAAAUAUUUAAACUCCUGCAUAAAAGCAGGUGAGGUUGUUUGGGAAAAAGGUCUUCUAAGAAAAGGGCCUGGUAUAUGCCAUGGAGUUGCAGGAAAUGGUUAUGUAUUUCUACUACUUUAUAGAUUGACCAGAGACAACAAAUACAUGUAUAGAGCUAAAUUAUUUGCUGACUUUUUAAAUUCUGAUGAAUUUUUAAGAGAUGCAAGACUGCCUGAUAAUCCUGAGAGUCUAUAUGAGGGCACAGCAGGAACUGUAUGCUUUCUGUCCGACAUCUUAGUACCUGAUAAUGCUGAGUUUCCAUUUCAAGAUGUAUUUUCAAGCUAUGUCUAUUAAUGUCUUUUCAAUACUGAAUUAUUUAUCACUACUUUUCUAAUCAAUGUGUCCAUGUUGAAUGUUGACAGUAAUUUCAUGGAAAUCAUUUUCUUGUCACAUAAAUAUUAAAAGUAUUUCUCCAGA